CAACACAAACAUGUCUCCAAUUUCAAACAAGCAACAAAAUUUUGUUUCAGCUACUUCCUCCAAAUGUACAAAUCAACACGACAUGUUAAAAAUAACACGGAUAUGUUGCCUUAUGAAAAGGCGGUUCUUCUUCUUCCCAUUCCUUUCGAUAGCAUCCAAUAAUUGCCAACUCUAUUCUUGAGAUGGUAAAGUAUUAUAAAAAAUAUCAGUGCAUCUUUUAGUCCCCCACUAGUAAUUAGUAGAUAACGUAAAGAUGCGCACUCACUCAUAGACAAAUUACAUAUUGAUCAAGCUCAUUUAUCUUUCAGCAUUCUGGUGUACUUUGAAGCAAUAUAGACAAUAUAGUUUCUAGGAGACUCCAUUAUCUAGCUCAUCUACAAGCUGAAAGAUGGGAACAAUUAGCAUGGACGGAUACACCGGUGGCGCUCAACCCGAAUACGAUCGCAUGAAAGAGGUGAAGGCUUUUGAUGAUACAAAGACAGGGGUGAAAGGAUUGGUAGAUUCAGGUACAAAAAUUGUACCUAAGAUGUUCAUUCGACCAUGUCACGAGCUCGAAGAAGACCUCAAGAGACCUUGUGUUAAGCUUCAAGUUCCAGUGAUAAAUUUGGAGGAGAUUGGUAACAAAAAUGGUUACGAAGAAAUCGUCAAACAAGUCCUUGAUGCGUCAGAAAAAUGGGGAUUUUUUCAAGUUGUUAAUCAUGGAAUUUCUAUGGAAGUGCUUAAUAAUAUGUUGCAGGGAAUUCGGAUGUUUCAUGAACAAGAUGAUGAGGUAAAGAAGAAGUUAUAUACCCGUGAUAGAACAAAUCAAGUGUUGUAUCAAUCCAAUUUUGAUCUCUAUGUUUCACGCGCCGCAAAUUGGAGGGAUACUUUAGCAGUUGAUACCACAUACUCUGGUCAUCUUGAUCCCAAGGAGUUACCAGAAAUAUGCAGGGAUGUGAUGUUGGAAUACUAUAACCAAGUACUAAAGCUAAGUGAUGUUUUACUAGAGUUACUAUCUGUUGCUCUUGGAUUGAAGCCAGAUUAUCUAAAAGAAAUGGAUUGUAGCAAAGGAUGGACUGCAGUAAAUCACUACUAUCCUGUUUGCCCUGCUCCAGAUUUGACACUAGGAAUAAGCAAACACUCUGACCCAACAUUUCUCACUUUACUUUUGCAAGACCAAAUUGGUGGUCUUCAAGUCUUAUAUGAAGAUCAAUGGGUCGAUGUUCAGCCUAUUCCAGGAGCCCUUGUUGUCAAUAUUGGUGAUAUUCUUCAGAUGAUGUCAAAUGACAAGAUUAAGAGUGUGUACCACAGAGUAAUGGCGAAUCAAGUUGGACCAAGAGUAUCAGUAGCACUUUUCCUUAAAGGUCUUUUAUCAUCUCCAAAAUUAUAUGGACCAAUCAAACAGUUGCUAUCUGAAGAUAAUCCUGCUAUAUAUCAAGAAUUUACUCUCAAUCCAUAUAACACACAUUUCUACUCUCGUCCCCUUGGUGAGCCUCGAUUUCAAUAUUACAAGUUGUAAUGCCAUGGAGAUGCAUCACAUCACAUAAUCCAAGGGCGGUUAAGGCCAUAUACAAAGUAAGCAACUGCACUGAAGAUCCAAUUCUAUUAGUUGUUCGUUCAAAGUAAACAAAAAAAUUCUAAUUCUAACUAUAGGCUAUUCCUUUUCAAUUUAUCGAAUGUAAUGUUGGAUGUUAUGAACUUUUUAUCGGAUUCUGGCAUUGCACU